AAGAAAAAGAAGAAGAGAAAGGUUUCGACCAAGCGGGGGUACGUGUUGCCACAUGGGAACAGGGACGUCAGGCGAACAGGAGACGGAGAGAGUGCAUCACCAUGGACGCUGCCUUAGCGGAAUACCCCAACAACGAGGAAUGUGCUGAGCUUGUGAGGGGUAUUUGUAAAUGUUUUGGCAGACGAUGUUGCAAGAUGAAGCUGUUUGUCCGGGCAUUGGUUGUCUUGGUAACCAUGUCCAUCCUCUACAUUGCAAUGGACUACCUCAACACGCCACCUAUCGACGUGAUUCAGACGUACUACGACCAAUAUGACAUCCGGCACAUAAUAAACGAACCGAACACAUGCAAAAAUCAUGACGAAAGUGACGCAGAGGUCGAGAUGUUCGUCUGCGUCCUGAGUGCAGCCAAUAAAAGUGAAGCGCGCCAAACAAUCAGAGACACGUGGGGUAAAACAAUCAAAGAGCCCGGGAAACCAUUCCGACUAGUGUUCUUCGUGGCAAAUGCGGGUGAUGCUGUGAAUGAAGUUGUGAAACAAGAGAGCGAUGAGUUCCAUGACAUUGUUCAGUUUGAUCAUGAGGACACUUAUAAUAACUUGACACUGAAAUCCAUCUCUUUAUUACGAUGGAUUCAUUCUCAUUGUCAGCAGACAACGUUUAUUUUGAAAGCGGACGACGAUAUGGUGAUAAAUGUCAAAAACAUGGUGACAUCCCUCCGCAAGGCCCACAAGAGGACAAACCGGUUCUUUCUAUGCAAUGUGAAGUGGAAAUCGCCCGUGAUACGUGAUAUAAAAAAUAAGUGGUACGUGACACGCGAGGAAUAUCGCGCGAAUCAUUACCCGCCAUAUUGCCAGAGUCUGUACGCUUUCACUGGGAAAAUGAUUUUGGAGAUGGUACUCGCAGCAAGCAAAGUGCCAUUAUUCAAAUGGGAAGACAUCCACGUGACCUCGAAUAUAGCCAAUGAGAUUCAAGUUAGUCGCUUCCAUCACAACGGCAUCCGGCCGUUUAGGAAUAGGCCUAUUAAUAUAAACAAACCGUGUUUGUUUAAAUAUUAUUUAGCGACCGGUGGGUUGAACACCGCAGAGAUUCGAACAUUGUGGCGGAACUUUCAUGAACGAUGUACCAGAAACUAAAGACUUACUACAAUGUACUUGCAUUUGUCACCUAAUAAACCGUUUCUCACUGACCUGUCUAGGCUACAGUUCAGCUUUAAGGUUAAAUAGAUGGAUGGCACAAAAGCACUUUCGCCACCUAAACCCGCGACAAAGACAUUGGGAUUAGAUUUGAGUACAAGUCUAUCGCUAACAGGGGUGAUAUCAGAACAACUCAUGGGCUCACCAGGACCCUUUUUAUUUAAAAAUGCAAUGGGUACCCUUUUUAAAAACCACAAAAAAGAUUUGUAGAAUAUUAGCAUGACCACUGAUGACAGGAAAGAACCACUUUAACUUGACUGGUUUCCCUCUAUCUGGAGUUUCAUACAGGCAUCCAAAAAUUGAUCUCUACAUAGACAUGAUAGUAGUUCAAGGACAUUGUCAGGGCAGGAGCAAGCAGUUAUUUAUUUCCCACUUCACAGGUAAUUUGCCAGUGAUAUCAAAGGGGUUGCACUGCAUUUAUUUAUACAUGUGUUUGAUAAUAGGCCAGUAAAACUUUUUUUUCAUAUCACAGUGCAGCAGCCAGAGUGGUCAGACUUGCUUUGCCCCCUAGAAGAGUGUUCGAAAUAUCUUGAAGCCCCAGACUGAUGACAAAUAUGAAUGCAAAAUUUGUUAUUUUAGAGAAAUAUAAUUUAUUUUAUGAUUUUUUAA